AUGGCCGAAAACGGGGAUGCAGCCCCGCCGGCCGGCCGUGGACGAGCCGAUACGGUCUCAAAGGUGAAGACUGCCGGACUGCCACCGGAUCAAUAUCAGAAGAAGCGAUUCUCGGUGCCGGCGAAGUUGGCACCUGUCGCGAAAGCCAAUGGUGAACGUCGAGUGACCCUCGUCCGCCCGUGCGAGUCGUUCCGCGAGGGCAAAGAAAAACACGCGAUCCAAUUUGGCUAUGCCGCGCUGAACGCCGAAUUCAACGAGACCGAUCCUACUUGUUCUCAAGACCCGGGCUGCUCGGUGUUUACGAUAUUCAACGGGGAAGAGCAUAAACAUACGGUAUGCCAGCAGCCGGUCGGGCAACAGGCCGACCUGUUCAUCUCCACCCUCUCCGAGAAGAGCAAGACGCAGCUGAAAAAGUUUCUGGACAACGCGCCGCGGCAGGACAACGAGUAUUUUGUAUGGGUUCGAGAUACGAGCAGUCAAGUGGUGACCGUGCUGUCGAUUAAAACGCUUGAAAAUCAUCUCAAGACGAAGGGCGGCAUCAGGCGCGUAAAAUGGAGGCAUUUGUCUACGGAGCGACUUUCCAUCUACCGCUACUCCCUGCCGGCCAUCACGGGCAAGGGCGCCCGUGUACGGGAGUGCCUCGUAGGCCAUCGGAAAAUAUGCCUUUUGAUAGUGUGGCUCCUGUUCGUGCUCCUCAUCUGCGUGACCGUCAUCAUCGGCUCGUCAACUUCCAACGACCAAAUGCACAUCAACGCCACCAAUUUUGCCCACCAGCAUUUGACA